CUCAGCCUCCAUCAACAGAAGCUCCAUGCGAUGAUAAUGAACCUUAUGACUGCGAGAAUUGUUAUUAAAGGAAAACUACAUGCAUCUAAACACGAAUUUCAAGCGAUUGUGGAAACUUAUUUUAAAUUCUUAAAAAAGAGAUUUUUAUUGUUAUUUAAUAUUAAAUUAAUUAUAUUCAAACUGGCUUUUCAUUCGGUCUAA